UUUUGAAAGGUCGUCCGUUUGUUGUAUACAGAAGUUGCACAUGUCUUCACAGCCGCUUUUUCCCAUCUCUGUAAGUUCAUACCAAAUAAACUGGAUGGAUUCCCAUGGAAAUCAAUGCACCUGUAGUGCCCAUCGCUCAGCACCGAGCGUCCAUCAAACUCUGGAAGAGAUGGACUUUGAGAGAGGUAUAUGGUCAGCUGCAAUGGAUGGCGAUGGGGAGAGAGUCAGGGCAUUUAUUAAAAAAGGGGUUGAUCCAAAUAUAAGGGACCAGGCAAACUACACUGCUUUGCACUACGCUAGUCGAGCCGGUCAGCUGUCAGUGUGUGAGUUACUCCUGGACUGUGGCGCUUGUGUGAACGUCCAGACCGGUGGUGGGGCAACCCCGCUUCAUAGGGCGGCUUACUGCGGACACUACAGUGUGCUUAAGUUACUGUUAGACCGUGGAGCUGAUCCAUGUCUGACUGAUGAUGAUGGAUCGACAGCACUUCAUAAGGCUGCUGAACAGAAGCAUUUCGCAGUUUGUGAGCUGUUGGUGAACCGCUUUCCAUCCUUACGGGAUGUGAGAAAUCGAAGAUCACACACAUCUUUCGAUCUAUGCCCGGACAAUGACAAUGUUUGGGAGUUCCUGAGACCUAAAUGACUUGAUCUUACAGCUUGCAAUGCUUUUGGUUUUCUCGUGAAAGUAUAUGAAGUACGUUUUCAAAACCUAUGCCUUGUAAAUCAGUGUGUCUUUUGGUUGGAAUGAGGCAUAGUUGCUCAGGUUAGUCUUAAAGGUCACUUUUAAUGGAGGAAACCUUGCAUUGACCAAGGUUGGGUACAAAUGUGUGCAAAAAGCCUUUAUUAGGAAGCCUGUGCUUUAUGUUUUCGCCAGCAGAGGGAGAUAGAGUCCUGUUAAUGCAACACUUUAUAAGGAAACCCAGGACUGAUGCCUCGGAAGAAUUUAAAUAACAUGCCCAGAUACUUGAAAUUUAAGAUGAUGGGUUUUAAAAUGUUUUGUUUGUAUAAACUAGUUACAGUGCAUAACAAUACAGUUGUCACCGCAGAGCAAAAGGGUAAUCCAGUGCAAAGCGUGUUUUGUGUGGUUGUGGCUAUUACAUCAAAUGAUGACAUGAGUCUGUAAAUAUGCUUAGGAGCAAUAUUUGUUAAUUAUAGCUAGUAUCUAAUUACUUUUUAGAGUAACUUACCCAGCUCGGAUGUUAAUGUGCUACCAUACUGGUACAACCAUACACCAAGUUUAUCUGAUCUAUAUUUUUUUUUUUAAAUCACAAUUGACAGGAAGUAAAGUGGGAUCGGGAAAGGUCCUCGGGUCGGGAUUCGAACACGGGACGCCCGGAGCGCUGUAUGUCGGCGCGCAGUUUACAAGGCUAUCGGCGCCGAUUAGAUCUAAUUAUUAAUUUCAAUCAUUUCUAGGUGGACACACAUAUUUUGUGAUUAAUUGUAUUUGUUUAUAAAAUAUAAAAAGGGGUAUGAUGGAGUAGUUCACCAAAAAUAUGUUUCAUAUUUUCACUGUGAUUUUGUGUUAAAUUUUAUUGCAGUAAUCUAAAUAUAUUUAUUAUCGUACAAUUUAUAACAUACCUCUACAGGACGAGUGGGUCUUGAACUUAUUUUUAUUUUAAAUAAAUAGCUUUAGCCUUUAUUUAGUUCAGUGUUUAGAAUACAUUUUUCAUGCACUUAGCUUCUCAUUAAUCUUUGGAUGCCAUCCAUUGUUUUGUAUUUGUAAAAGCAUCAUCUGUAAGUUAAUUCUUCUUUAAUGACCUUCUUUCAUUCUACAUUGAUAUCUUCUAUAGGUGUCAAUCUGUAUUUGUUGCUAUUAUUGGUUGUCUGAUAAUCUCAUUUAAGUAAAUUGAUUACAUUGAUUACAUUUGAUGCCUUUUCAGAUGUAAGUUUCAGAACUAUAUGCAUAUUCUUUAGUUGUUGUUGCUGCUGUUUUAUUUAUUUAUUUUUUUCUUUAUCGUUUUACUUCUAAUUCAUACUUGUUUUAGCAUCUUUAGCAUCUUUUUAAACUACACCGGCUAUAGUUGUAUCCGGGCUAGGGACAGGGUAAAUGAUUUUUACUUAUUUAUUAUUUUUCAUACCCGUAAACAUUAAUGGGUGUCAUUUCCAAAAAAAAAUAUGACGAACUUGGUAGGAAGAUGGUUAGGAGUGAGUUAGAAAAUAAUGUUCUGACGAGCUUCAAGAGUAACAGGCACCACCGCUCGUCACAUUUUCACUGAUCUUCGGGCGAGUCGAACGAAGAACGGAGUGAAAUCUCGGAGUUAUUCGUCUAGUGACUAUAGCAAAAGGUGAGUAACAACUGUAAACUCUAACAUGUUCGUUUCUAAUAAAAUAUGUGCUUUGCUGUUUUAUUGAAUUUAAAUAAUAUUGGCCUAGCUGUGUUUUUGUAGUAUCCUAACGUUUUUAUAAACAACACAGUUUGGUAAGUUACCAUAUUGAUAUUUUCUAUUGUUCUCUUUUUACAGUACAUUGGAUCAUUUUCAUUCCCUCCUGAAAUAUUCCCUAAUGUUUUAAUUUGUUUAUUUGUUUGAAUUAUGUAAACCAAAAGAUGCCCUAGUUGAAAUUAAUUUGUUGUAAUUGAGUGUUUUCAUCGAAAAUAAUUUUUGAUGGCAAAUUUGUCAAGUCUUGCAACAUUCAGAUGUUCUUGUUCCUGUAUAAUAUCUGCACAGACCUAGUU